AGCUGGAAGCCUGGCAACUGACUGGGAAAGUGUGUGGGUCAUUAUGAUGGGACUGUACUCGGCAUGACUGGAGUGGAGCAGGCUGGACUUACACAGGACAUCCCCAGUCGCACGCUGUGCUCGACUUUCUCCAGUUUGCUGAUUAUGAGAGAGCAAACCAUACCCAGGUUCAAAUUACAGAAAGGACUCUUACCAGGCAUGCUGAAGCGCACCAAAUACAGUCGUCUGCACAACGAUUCACUCACGUCCCUGGAGGAUCGGCCUCAGAGAAUGCUACCCCUAAAGAGGGACCUUUGCUUGGACUCUGAUUUUGCUCAGCUGGAUCCUGGGACGCCUACACACCAUGGCCCGUCCACCCUGAGGGACUUCAUCCCCCGCGUGGCCAACAUCCGAUUGCAAAGUCCUAUUUCCCUGCGAGGCCUGAGGGGACAAACAGCCCGGGACAGAACCAUUGAUGGACACUCUGCAGAGUGGGGCUCAGGGCCUGACCAGAGGUUUUGUAGCCAACCUUCCCUCAAUGUGCCCCUACCUACCGACCAAAACCUGACUCACUCAGCUCUGUGCUGCACAAAAAGACCCAUCACCCUGCAUCGGAUGGCCAGCUUCCCUUGGACCCCUGGCUGUCCUCCGUGCUCACAACACAGAGAUGGUCUGUGUCGUUUGAAGACUUCCUCUGCAGUAGACGACUGUACAGUAAAGGGGACAUCAAACAGAGUGGUUCACCAUCAAAUCAAGUACAUGGGUAGUGUGGAGGUGACCCAGUCCAUGAGAGCCCUCGACUUUGAUACAAGAAUGAAAGUCACACGAGAGGCAAUCAGCAGGCUGUGUGAGAGGACAUCGGCCAAGACAGCAAUGAAAACUAAAAGGCCUGUAUGCAAGGCACUGUCAGCUCUUCUGGGUCAAAUCAACCUGCAGUUUUCUGGGAGAAGGAUCAUCCUCACUGUCUCCACAGACAGUGUGACUCUGAUCGCAGCCUCCUCCUUACAGAAGAUCGCCCAUCACCCCAUGCAGGCCAUUUCAUUUGCCUCAGGAGGAGAUCCAGACAUGGCAGAUUACAUUGCUUAUGUUGCCAAGGACCUCGUCAAUCAGAGAGCAUGUCACAUCCUGCAGUGUCCCCGGGGUUGUGCCGUUGAGGUUAUCAACAGCAUCGGUCAGGCCUUUGAGACUCGUUUCCGCCAACUUCUCAGCCACACGCCAUCACUCCUCUCCAACAAUCCCAGGUCUGCACUGAGGAUCAUGGAGGGCAUAAACAAGCAAGAGGAGGCGAUGGCAAACCAAAAGGCCAAACAGGAUGGUGAGCAUCAUGACUACUACAAUGUGAUCACUGGAAAGACGCCACCUGCUGGUGGGAUAGAGGAUCUGCGGGUCACAAGAGAGGAGAACAAACAGGAUCCUGACAUCCGCGAGGUUUCUUCAUCUCAUCCUGUUUCACUGUAUGAGAACUGCUCUGUCACAGAAGAAACUCCAGCUCCACCUGCAGACUUGGUGUCAGUCAGUGCUGAACAGUGUACUCCUCUCUCUGAGACACUGAUCCAGGAGGAAGGCUGGUUCCACGGAAGAUUAGGAAGAGAGCAGGCGGAGGCGCUCCUCACCUGUAGUGGAGACUUCCUGGUCCGAGAGAGCAGCUCUGCCUCUGGUCAGUAUGUUCUCAGUGGGAUGGAAGGAGCCAAUGUGCGCCACCUGCUGCUAGUCGAUCCACAUGGACAGGUGCGGACCCGUGAUCAAGUGUUUCUCAGUGUUGGUCACCUGGUGCGGUUCCACAUGGAGAACCAGUUGCCCAUCUUUGCUGGAAGCAGUGAACUGUGUCUGAAACAGCCGAUCCUGCAAAGACACUAACACACACGUUCACAGACUGUCACAUGCUUUAAAUAGGCUUCAGUAGCAGCUCUCAACAGUUUUGGAGCUGAGGCACAAUGUUCCAAAGCAAAGAAAAAAAGCUUAAACCCUUCCAACACGUUUUGAUACUUUACUGUAGUCGUUAAAGUACAUAUAUUGUUUGUGUGCAGUUGAUUGUUUGAUUUGAUUUAUAUUGUCAUACUUGUGCACAAGUAAGUGCACGCUGGCCUGCAGAACAUCCUGUCUCUCUCUCUCUCAGGCUGAAUUUGAUGGUGUUUACUCCAAGUUCAAGCACAAUCACUGGUGUUUGGAGGAAAUGACCAGAAUGUUGGCUGACUUUCAGAAUCAUUUUUUGACAUGCUAAAUUUGUAUUGUGUUCAUUUGUUUUGAUUUAUUAUUGCUGCGUGUUUCCCACGCUUGACUUUUCAGUUCCACUUAGUUGUUACAUCCUGAAUAAGGAAUUUAUAGGCUCUUUGUAACCAGCAUCUACAGAAAUAGAUUUGCAGUUUAGUCUCAAUCAAGCUGGCAAAUAUGCAAAUAAAAACAUUCCUGUUCCCCAAAA